AUGGCUGGCAAGACUUUCAUCGUCGAGCAUCUUGACCCCGAACUCGGAGAAUGGUCGGCUCUCGAGUACAAGUGUAUCGCCAGAGAGACAGCUGCCACAGGAUCUUCAUUUUAUCUCACGUCCGUUCCUCAUGAGCUUCAACUACCCGAGCCUCUCAAAAACGUCUCGGAGUUGAACGUCGAGCACCGUGGUAUUGAGGAAAUCUACGCAGACAAGAAGGAUCGUGUCUGUCUGCUUGACCCUUCGGCAAAGGAGGAGCUUAGCCCUAAGGAUGGUGACAACUUUGACAUCUUCCUGUUUGGUGGAAUCCUUGGAGAUGAUCCACCCAGAGACCGUACCUCGGAGCUUCGCAAGAAGGGCUACCAGGGCCGUCGUCUGGGACCCGUACAAAUGACUACUGACACAGCAGUACGCACCACCAGAAUUGUGGUCCAAGAUCGCAUUGAAUUGGAGAACAUCAAAUACGUCGAUCACCCGACAAUCAAAGUCGAUGAGCACGAGAGCAUUGAGAUGCCUUUCCGCUACGUACUCGACAAGGACGGCAAGCCCAUCUUCCCCGAAGGCAUGGUUGAUCUCAUCAAGAAGGACUCUGAGCAUGGCAUUGACGACUUGUUGUAAAGCACAAGCACAAAACACUAUUCCGUUCUUCACUUGUACCUGCUCAGACAUCGUGCCGCGUAUGCCGGCUGCUUCUGAUGUUCAAGCACAUAGACCGUGGAGGCGAGCCAGUGACGUCGAAAUUUCACAUUCGACAGUCCACUCAUCCAUCGGAUCAGGGAAAUGCACUAGCUAGAUCAAGUCAUUCAGAUAAUCCAGGGGUCUUACUCAUGCAUCCAAAGUUACCCCCUGAUGCCAUCAGAAGUCGAACAAUCAGAUGCUCGUGUUCCGUUCGAGUACAGUUUAACAAAUUCUUUAACCUUCUGUACUAUCAAACCUUUGCUCUUUAACCUUAGCUGGUUAAAGAUAUCUUGACAAAGAACUUUGCUUCGCAAAUUCCAGACGCCCG